UUCGUUGUUAUGGAAACGAGACUCGCGAGGCCAGUUUCGUCAGAAUCAGGAAAACUUCGCUCAACUUUCAGCUUUUUGGGGUCCGUUAUUCGUUUUUACCCCCGGCAAUGGAGACAAGGGACAACAAUAAAGACAACGUGACUAUAAAAACAACAGUGGUUCGUGGACAUAAUCUGCAUGGAAGCUGUUCAGACAGCUUCCAGAGUUUUGUGCAAGUAGAGAUGAACAGUACAGUCAUGGGAGAGUCGAAACUAAAGCAGGUGGAGCCUGUGGAGCUGUGCGUUGACUACGACUUCACCUGUAGCUGCCACUUCUCAAAAACCCCCCAGACUCUGGAUGACAUCGCCCACAAACCAAUCAUACUGACAGUGGUGGAGGUCUUAUCCAAGAAGAAACUUGAGGAGAGGGUGGUGCUGGGUCAAGCAGUGGUUGACCUGCUUCCACUACUGCAAGGUCAGUGCAGCUUCUUCUCCGCUGUCCCUGUGCAUCCUUUGACAGUCUCAGCAGGGGACACUUCCUCCCAGGAUUCCAGCAGUAAGCAGCCCAUCUUGGAUGUGUCCGUCAGUGUGAUGGAGCCAGUGCUGUCUGAGGCUGAACUCUCGAGAUCCACUCUGCUGAAGGUUACCAUGGAGACAGUCUAUUGUGUCCCUGAGGCGUGGACACGACUGUCUGACUCUGCUCCCUGCACAUACAGGGCCACGCUGAAGGUCCCACUCACUGCUGAGAAGGAUCAGGUGCUGACGUUUAGUGAUGGGGAGCUGAGAGCAGGGGGGCAGAGGGAGGCUGAGGGUCGACAGAAGAAGAGGCCUCAUCGUGCGCUGCUGGCUCCAGGGAACCAUGUCCUUCCUGGAACCUUCAUCCAAACAGUGCCGAUAGAGGAGGAGGACGGUGAGCUGACUGGACCAGAGGAUGUGGAGUUUCGUACUGAGGCGGAGACACUGAAGGACAGAGUGAGCUGGGACACAGAGAGAUGCUGUUUUUUGGACUCAAGUGGAACAGACAGACUGCGACAGAGGAUCAGUGAGAGCAGACUUUGGCCAGUGGAGAUCAUGAAAUCAUCACUUCAGACAAAGAGUGUAACCAACACACUGUCGGACGAGGAGGAUCCUCAGGUCUCUUCUCAUGGCGUGGCGUUCGUGGACGUGGGCCUGCUGUUAUGCCCGGGAGUGUCACGCAUCCGUGGCGCAUACAGCGUUCAUCCAUCCUCUGAGAGCGAGCUGCUGAACAAUGUACUCAUACGUACACAUUUAAACAUUUUUGUUUCACUCAAGUUUGAUCUUGAUUUAUUUUAAUUGUAUUUAUUUAUUUAUUUGAUAAAAUACAAUUCUUCAUGUACUGUUUUUGGGCUUUGAACGUACAGGCCAGUUCUACACCUCCUUCCCACUCAGUUCUUUUUUCUUCAAGACUUUCUUACCUUCUCCAUCACCAUUUAAGCAUUUCUGUCUUUGUACUUGCAUUUUCUUUGC